GAUAAUUUGGGAAAACAAUUUCUACACAAAACGAUGAUUCUCGAAGUGUGAUAUAUGUUCGGUGGUAUCAUCGAAGAACACGUUCAUUUCUCUUCUUCCAAGUCCCGUCCCCAUCUCAAACAGUUGAAGAGAAUCCAGCACGAUGCAGUACAGGAACCUUGGGCGAUCGGGGCUGAAGGUGAGCCAGUUGUCAUACGGGGCGUGGGUGAGCUUCGGGAACCAGUUGGACGUGAAGGAGGCGAAGGCGUUGCUCCAGUGCUGCCGCGACCACGGCGUCAACUUCUUCGACAAUGCCGAGGUCUACGCCAAUGGCCGCGCCGAGGAGAUCAUGGGGCAGGCGAUCCGGGAGCUCGGUUGGAAGCGCUCCGACGUCGUCAUUUCGACCAAGAUCUUCUGGGGCGGUCAGGGCCCCAACGACAAGGGCCUCUCGCGUAAGCACAUAGUGGAGGGCACCAAAGCCUCGCUCAAGCGCCUCGACAUGGACUACGUCGACGUUAUCUACUGCCACCGCCCCGACAUCUCCACGCCAAUCGAGGAAACCGUGCGGGCCAUGAACCACGUCAUUGACAAAGGCUGGGCUUUCUACUGGGGCACCAGUGAGUGGUCGGCCCAGCAGAUCACUGAGGCCUGGGCUGUGGCCCAGAGACUCGACCUCGUCGGGCCUAUUGUUGAACAGCCUGAGUAUAACCUCUUGGCCAGGCACAAGGUUGAGUCUGAGUAUCUUCCUCUGUACACCAACUAUGGCAUAGGCCUCACUACAUGGAGUCCUCUUGCCUCUGGAGUGCUCACUGGGAAAUAUAAGAAAGGAGCUAUACCGCCAGAUAGCAGAUUUUCUUUGGAAAAUUACAAAAAUCUGGCAUCGCGAUCACUGGUUGAUGAUGUGCUUAAGAAGGUUGAUGGAUUACAGCCAAUUGCGGAUAAGCUUGGUGUUCCACUGUCACAACUUGCGAUUGCGUGGUGUGCUGCUAAUCCUAAUGUUUCUUCUGUUAUCUGUGGUGCUACAAAGGAGUCUCAGAUUCAAGAGAACAUGAAAGCAAUCGAUGUCAUUCCAUUAUUGACUCCUGUUGUGAUGGAGAAGAUUGAAGCUGUUGUUCAAAGCAAGCCAAAGCGCCCUGACUCGUACCGAUAAAUAUGCAUUAGUUGGAAUACUCUCCUUCAUCCCUGGGCCUGGAAUGGAAAUUCAUGUUGAAAUUGUAUUGGUUUGGUUGAUGUGAUUUCCUCUUAAAAGACUUUAUUUGUGUCUUAUAUUUUCCUUGUGGAACUGAAUAUGCCUUCUUUUUUAUGGGUUCAAACAUUCCAAAUUGAUUUUGGAAACAAAGCAUUAAGAUCUUGGAGUUUAGGCUUACGUUUGCCUUCCGAAUUAAAUGUGAUACUAUUAUUUGUG